GGAGAAUUUAAACGGCUUGAUAAAUUUUGGAUAUAUUAGGACCUUUAACUGCUCGAGUUAGAGGAAUUAGGGUUAGGGUUUAUAGAGACCCUUACAUUGAUGGGUGAGUUUUCUGUGUCUUCGAAGGGUUGAACAGAAGGGGGAAAUCAGUCACAGUUGCAGGAGGCGGCCUAGCAGCAGAUUAAGCACCCAACAAUGAAGUAUAAUCCAAGAGUCAGUAGUUCCAGGCGGAAGAGUCGCAAGGCUCAUUUUACAGCCCCAUCCAGUGUGAGGCGUGUUUUGAUGAGUGCACCACUUUCCACUGACCUAAGAAACAAAUAUAAUGUUCGUUCUGUUCCAAUCAGAAAAGAUGAUGAAGUUCAGGUUGUAAGAGGGACGUUCAAGGGAAGAGAGGGGAAGGUGGUGCAAGUUUAUCGAAGGAAGUGGGUCAUCCAUAUUGAACGCAUCACCCGAGAGAAAGUCAAUGGUUCAACCGUGAAUGUUGGUGUCCACCCAUCCAAGGUUACGGUGACAAAGUUGAAGCUAGAUAAGGAUAGAAAGGCUCUUCUAGAGAGGAAAGCCAAGGGCAGAGCUGCUGAGAAAGGAAAGGGUAAAUUCACGGCAGAGGAUGUUGCUCAACCUCUACAGGAUGUUGACUAGAUUUUUUGUUAGUUUUAGUAGUUGGAAGGUGUGAAUUUUGUACUGAACAGGGUUGAAGUUUUCCCGUAAUGUUGCUGUGGUUAUAAAUAUUAUUUAAUCUGAUCAGGUCAGAACAUCUUUUUAGCGUUUAAUUGUGUUCCUAUUGUCUUUUAACUUGAGAGGCUGUAUGUUGCAAUUGACAAGAUGGGAAUAUUGAGCUACCCAUUUCCAUAUUUCUAAUGGAGUCCUUAUAUUUGAAAAGAAUGUGGCACUGCUUCAAAAUAAUCGAAGGUUUUUGAUUUAGGUA